CGCUGAUCUCCAUGUCUGUUACAUGUUAUUAAUGUGUGCCGCUUAUCUCCACGUCUCCUCUGCAGGACUGGUCGUACCGUGACAUCUGGGAGUUCCUGCGGACGCUGUAUAUCCCGUACUGUAUCCUGUAUGAUAAAGGGUACACGUCUCUGGGCAGCACAACCAACACGGUAAAGAACCCGGCGCUGCGGUACGUGACCCCGGCGGGUGUGGAGAGCUACCACCCGGCCUACAUGCUGCAGAACGAGGAGGAGGAGCGCUCGGCCAGGAAGUAAUGUAUCAGGCUGCGCUGUAGGUGUGCCGCCAUACUGCCCGCCGGCCGCACUCACUGACCGGGGAUAAUGUGCUCUGUCAGCGUUCAGCUCUGCUGUGUCAGCGUCAUCACGGGGCGAUCCCAUGGGUCUCAGUGGGUGGGGGGAUUCUAGGGGAUUCCGGGGCACAAUACCCCUGCCGGCUGAUAUAUUGCCCCCCUGUCUGCCCGCAGCAUAUGAUGAUCCCAAUAAAGAGACGUGUGGUACCAUCGCUGUGCCAGGCUGAGCCCCACCGCCCCGUGGUGCCCUUUGCUCCGUUUUCCAUGGGACAGGCGCUCCGGAAUAUGACCCUGCCGUUCCCCCGCUACAAGAACGUGAUGGGCAUCAAUAUGGGCCACUCGUUCCUGCAGAACCUGAAGGAAUUCCUGUACUUCCUGCUGUGCUGCUGGUGUGUGAAGGAGCUGCUGGACUAGUGGAGACGUGUGUGCUGCCGGCACUGCGCCAAUCCCAGAGCGCCAUGGAGACGUGUGCGCGGCCGGCACUGCGCCAAUCCCAGAGCGCCAACCCCAGAGCGCCAUGGAGACGUGUGUGCUGCCGGCACUGCGCCAAUCCCAGAGCGCCAUGGAGACGUGUGCGCGGCCGGCACUGCGCCAAUCCCAGAGCGCCAUGGAGACGUGUGUGCUGCCGGCACUGCGCCAAUCCCAGAGCGCCAUGGAGACGUGUGCGCGGCCGGCACUGCGCCAAUCCCAGAGCGCCAUGGAGACGUGUGUGCUGCCGGCACUGCGCCAAUCCCAGAGCGCCAUGGAGACGUGUGCGCGGCCGGCACUGCGCCAAUCCCAGAGCGCCAUGGAGACGUGUGCGCGGCCGGCACUGCGCCAAUCCCAGAGAGCCAACCCCAGAGCGCCAUGGAGACGUGUGCGCGGCUGGCACUGCGCCAAUCCCAGAGCGCCAUGGAGACGUGUGCGCGGCCGGCACUGCGCCAAUCCCAGAGCGCCAUGGAGACGUGUGUGCUGCCGGCACUGCGCCAAUCCCAGAGCGCCAUGGAGACGUGUGCGCGGCCGGCACUGCGCCAAUCCCAGAGCGCCAUGGAGACGUGUGUGCUGCCGGCACUGCGCCAAUCCCAGAGCGCCAUGGAGACGUGUGCGCGGCCGGCACUGCGCCAAUCCCAGAGCGCCAUGGAGACGUGUGCGCGGCCGGCACUGCGCCAAUCCCAGAGAGCCAACCCCAGAGCGCCAUGGAGACGUGUGCGCGGCUGGCACUGCGCCAAUCCCAGAGCGCCAUGGAGACGUGUGCGCGGCCGGCACUGCGCCAAUCCCAGAGCGCCAUGGAGACGUGUGCGCGGCCGGCACUGCGCCAAUCCCAGAGAGCCAUGGAGACGUGUGCGCAGCCGGCACUGCGCCAACCCCAGAGCGCCAUGGAGACGUGCACAAGAUAUUACCAAUAA